AUGUACGUACCUGAGAAAACAAUCGAAAUUGGAGUUUUCACGGGAUACUCGCUUUUGGCCACUGCUCUUGCUCUCCCUAACGACGGCAAGGUGAUUGCGAUCGAUACCAACAAAGAUGCAUACAAAACCGGUUUACCAUUUAUUGAGAAGGCCGGCGUCGCGCAUAAAGUCGAGUUCUUGGCUUCCGACGCAAUGGCUGCUAUCAACAAGUUGCUUGAAAGUGGGGAAGAAGGGACAUUUGAUUUUGCAUUUAUAGACGCUGAUAAAGAAAACUACAUCAAAUACCACGAGCUUAUGCUGAAGCUGGUUAAGGUUGGGGGAAUCAUAGCCUACGACAACACAUUGUGGGCCGGGACAGUGGCAUUGUCCGACGAGGAGCUGGGCCAAGAGUGGGUCGAAAAAAUUGGCCCAAAUCGGAUGCACCUCAAGACCUUGAACGCGUUUUUGGCGGAUGAUGAGCGCAUCGAGUUGGUUCAUCUUUCGGUAGGCGAUGGGCUUUCGCUCUGCAGGCGCCUAAAGUAG